AUGGCGACUCCGCAACAGAAAGCAUUUUGCGUCUUACGUUUCAAUAAGUGCGAGUCGGCGAUAACCGUUCAACGUGAUUUUCGAAGAACUUAUGGAACUGAGCUCCUACUGCUCAAAGCAUUCGACGUUGGCACCAAACUUUCCAAGAAAGUGGUUGUCUGUGUGCACAGAAACGCUCAGGUCGACCUCGUACCUCUGACGAAAACAUCGAGCGAGUUCGACAAAGUUUCGUUCGAAGUCCACAGAAGUCUACACGUCGUGCAGGCUUAG